ACCAACGGAUUCUUCAUACUUUCUCUCUUUUCUGUCUAAGAGAGUUCUAAGAAGUUAGUGAAAAUGGAGAGAAAAAGAAGCAAUGUUGCUUCUGUUACCAUGUUUGUAAUGAUGGUUGCAUUGGUUUCUCAGAACCUUGUUAUGGUUUCUGUUGUAGCAGAUAAUGUUAAGGAUGAGAAAAAUGAGUUCAAUCCAGUGGCUCGUGCAGAAAGUUCUCCGUCGGGUUUGUCGAGUUCGUUAUGUGAACAUAGUCCACCACCUCAUCACUCUGGAGGUGGUUGUGGAAGCAGUAGUCCGCCACCGUCGCAUGGUCAUGGACAUGGUCAUAGUCCUCAUCAUCAUGGUCAUAAAAAAUCACCACCGUCGUCAGGUAGUGGAAGUUACAGUCCAACCCCGUCAACUCCCACCCCGUCGCCACCCUCAUCAGGUAGUGGAAGUUACACUCCAACCCCGUCAACUCCGACCCCAUCACCACCCUCAGGUAGUGGAAGUUACACUCCAACACCGUCAACACCAUCUGAUCCAACACCGUCAUCUCCUCCAAAUUGUGAUCCAACCCCAUCACCACCUGAGGAUGGAAGUUACACUCCAACCCCGUCAACUCCUGACACAUCACCACCAUCAGGUGGUGGUGGAAGUUACACCCCAACACCAACAACUCCCGACCCUUCACCACCAUCUGGUGGUGGAAGUUAUACUCCAACCCCGUCAACUCCCGACACAUCACCCCCAUCAGAUGGUAGUGGAAGUUAUACCCCAACACCAACAACUCCCGACCCUUCACCGCCGUCUGGUAGUGGAAGUUACACUCCAACCCCAUCAACUCCUGACACUUCACCACCAUCGGGAGGUGGAAGUUACACUCCAACACCAUCAACUCCCGACACAUCACCACCAUCAGAUGGUAGUGGAAGUUACACCCCAACACCAACAACCCCCGACCCUUCACCACCAUCCGGUGGUGGAAGUUACACUCCAACCCCAUCAACUCCCGACACAUCACCAUCACCACCAUCAGACGGUAGCGGAAGUUACACCCCAACACCAACAACUCCAUCAACACCCCCAACUAGCGACUGUGGAUCACCACCUCCAGUUGACUCUACAAGCCCAACAACACCAUCAAACCCCCCCUCAGGAGGUUACUACAGCUCACCACCACCAGACCCUAUAACCCCAACAACACCAUCAAACCCUCCCUCUGGAGGUUACUACACCUCACCACCAUCAGACCCUAUAACCCCAACAACACCAUCAAACCCUAUAACCCCAACAACACCAUCAAACCCACCCUCAGGAGGUUACUACACUUCACCACCAACCAGUUCCAGCCCACCAACUUAUGGCGGAAGUACCCCAACUGAUCCUGGCACCCCCACUUAUUCCAGCCCACCAACUUAUGGCGGAAGCACCCCAACCGAUCCUGGCACCCCCACUUUCUCCACACCACCUUACCUUCCUGCACCAUCUCCCUCCACUGGUACAUGCAGCUACUGGAAUAAUCACCCACAACUCAUCUGGGGAUUACUAGGCUGGUGGGGAACCUUAGGCAGCGCAUUCGGCACUACUAGCGUACCAGGAUUAGGAUCAAGCCUCAGCCUGCCACAAGCACUUUCCAACACAAGAACUGAUGGGCUUGGAGCACUAUACAGAGAAGGUGCGGCUUCCUAUCUUAACUCCUUGGUGAACAACAAGUUCCCUUACACAACCGAGCAAGUCAGAGAGAGAUUCAUAGCAUCACUCGGCUCAAACAAGGUUGCAGCAACACAAGCUAAUCUCUUCCGGAUGGCCAAUGAGGGGAGAAUGAAGCCUAGAGCAUGAUCUAAUUAGUUUGGUUUAUGUAUCAGUUUAUCGAGUUCGGUUAAGUUAAGUAUAUUAUUAUAUCUAAGACUUCUACUAAGAGUGUUUUGUAUUAGGUAAUUAAUUACUUAUCACGUGUUAGUUUACCUUAUCAUGGACUCAGUGUUAAUUAGCUUUUAUAUAUAUAUGGUUUCUCAGUUUUGAAUAAAGUUAAUAUUUCGUUGCUUAGCUA